AUGGAAGUGAAUCUAUCCUCUGCGACCUCGAAUCGUCUGGCUGUUGAUCAUUAUGACAAUCCGUUCUUCCUCCACAACUCAGAUCAUGCUGGACUUGCUCUCGUCACUGAUCGUCUUGCUUCAGGUGCUGAUUUUCAUGCUUGGCGUCGUUUGGUGUGUAUGGCUCUCAAUGUCAGAAACAAACUCGGAUUCAUCGAUGGUACUAACUUGAAACCUCCUGAUAAUCAUAGAGAUUCUGGUGCUUGGUCUAGAUGCAACGACAUGGUCUCUACUUGGUUAAUGAACUCGGUUUCGAAGAAGAUAGGUCAGAGUUUGCUAUUGGUGAAUAACGCUGAAGGGAUGUGGAAGAAUCUUAUGUCUAGAUUUAAGCAAGAUGAUGCUCCAAGAAUCUAUGAGAUUGAACAGAAGUUGAGUAACAUUCAGCAAGGCUCUCUUGACAUUAGUACAUACUACACGGAAUUGAUCACUUUGUGGGAAGAAUAUCAAAACUAUGUGGAUCUUCCGCUUCAGCAAUGGAGUCGUGUCAUGAAGUUUUUGAUGGGGUUGAAUGAAGCGUAUGAAGCAACUCGUCGUCACAUACUAAUGCUGAAACCAAUUCCAUCCCUAGAAGAAGUCUUCAACAUGAACUCUAUUUCUGAUUCUGAGGCUUCUGUGUAUGCUGGUCCUACUGAGAAUAUGGCAUAUGCUACUAUGAAUAACAACUACCGAGGCAAGCCACGUCCUAUAUGCACUCAUUGUGGAUUAGCAGGUCAUAUAGUCCAAAAAUGCUUCAAGCUUCAUGGCUAUCCUCCUGGCCAUCGUUAUCAUAAUGCUACUUCUCAGUGGGCAUCAUCUCAAGCAUCUCAGACUGGCUCUUAUUCUCAGAGACCACCUCAGAACAAACCAAAUCAGUCUUCCUCUGGUUUGUUUAUGAAGACCAACAGUGUUGCUCAUGUUGCUUCUCCAAAUCCAUCCUCGCAGUCUCAGCUGGAUUUGAGCUCUUUCCAUCCUAAUCAAGUUCAACAUUUGAUCCAACAGUUACAGUCUCAUGCGAGAGCUUCUGCAUCUACAUCUCAUUCAUCUCAUUCAUCAUCAUCACUGGGUGAUACGGUUCCGGAGACAGAGACUGUGGCUGCUGAGACAGAGGUUCCUGUUCAAAACACAACCAGAACACGACGACAUGGUAAAGCUCCUAGCUAUCUUUUAGACUGCCAUUGUUCUCUUAUCUACAUGGACAAAGCCCUUUCAUAUCAUUUUGUUUCAAAUAUCACCACUUCCUUUCCUUCUCUUGAGACCUGUUCCACUCCUUGUCAUCCCAUUUCUUCAGUCCUCUCUUAUGAUAAUAUCAAACCAUCUUUUAAAAAUGUCAUUCUCACUUGUUCCUUAGAAACUGCUCCUAAUUCUUUUAAACAAGCCAUAAAAUCUGUGAUAUGGACGAAAACAAUGAAUGUGGAGUUCCAAGGUAUGGCUCUUAAUAAGACUUUCUCUGUUGUUUCACUUCCUCCGGGAAAGAAUGUUGUGGGAUGUCGUUGGAUUUACACCAUCAAGUAUAAUGCUGAUGGUUCAGUUGAGCGUCCCAAAGCUCGUUUGGUUGCUAAGGGGUAUACUGAACUAGAGGGUCUUGACUAUACCGAUACCUUCUCCCCAUUGGCAAAGAUGACUAGUGUGAAGCUUCUCCUGGCAUUAGCGGCUAAUCAUGGCUGGUCUAUUUCUCAAAUGGAUAUUACCAAUGCCUUCCUGCAUAGUGACCUCGACGAGGAGAUAUAUAUGAGUCUACCUCUAGAUAUACACCUGCUCCGGGUGAAGUGUUACCACCAAAUCCAGUCUGUAAACUUCAUAAGUCCAUCUAUGGACUCAAGCAGGCGUCUCGUCAGUGGUACAAUUGCUUCUUCUUUGUUCUUCUUGCAGAUGGCUUCACACCUUCUCCGAGUGAUCAUUCACUAUUUGUCAAGAUUACUGGAACUCCAUUCAUUGCCUUACUGCAAGUAUGCUUUGGAUCUUCUUGCUGACACAUGUUUCUUGGCUUCUAAACCGUGUGCGGUUCAUAUGGAUCCUUCUAUACCGAUGAGCAAAGACACUGGUGUUCUAUUGCUUGAUGCAACACCAUAUAGAGAGCUCAUUGGACGAUUGCUUUACCUUACAAUCACUCGUCCUUAUAUCACCUUUGCUGUACACCGCUUGAGUCAGUUCUUAUAUGCACCUACGUAUGUUCAUAUGCAAGCUGCUCAUCGUAUACUCCGCUGUAAGAGUAAGAAGCAACUCAUAGUUAGUCAAAGCAGUACUGAAGCCAAAUACAGAGGAAUGGCUCAGGUCACUUGUGAACUCAUCUGGCUUCAACAGCUCCUUACUGACUUGCAGAUCAAGGUACAAAACACUACUAAGCUGUUUUAUGACAACAAAUCUGCCAUUCAUAUAGCCACCAACCCGGUCUUUCACGAGCGGACUAAGCACAUAGAGAUCGAUUGUCAUACCAUCCAUGAUCAGGUCAAGUGA